AUGAGGCAGUCUAAACAUGAAAGCUCAGGACCAAAGAAACAGCAGGAGCUUUACCUGGCCUUUAUCACAAAGAAACAACUGAUCAUGGGAUCUGUGACUGUUGCACUUGUCGUCCUGCUAAUUAUCAUUACUAUCGCUGCUGUGGUGCUCACCAAGAAGUCAGAUUCCUCAGCUCUUCAUCCCUCCUUUUCUACUGGUGGAGACAUGCUGGAAUUUCUACUUCAGACUGGUGAAAUUAGCAAACCUGAUGGAUUGAUGGCCACCUGGUUUCACAGAGCCAAUAACAAGGAGGAAAUGAACGAAGCUUUAGCAAGUGAUGCCAUGAUCCUGGAGGCUGACGUCACUCUGGAGGGUUAUGGGACACCCAGUGAAAAGCCAAUCCCUAUCAUGGCCCACCCCCCUGACCUCUUUAGUGAUAACACCCUUAACCAAUGGCUGGAUGCGGUGUUGGCAUCAACAAAAGGCGUGAAGUUGGAUUUUAAGUCUCUGGAAUCAGUGGGUUUGUCAUUAGACGUGCUUCUUCAAAUGAAUAGCAGCCAAGGAAUAAACCGGCCUGUGUGGCUUAAUGCAGACAUCCUCCAAGGUCCCAACGUACCAGACUUUCUGCCUCCAGUUAAUGGAACCAGAUUUCUGCAGUUGAUUGAAGAGAAGUUUUCAGACGUGACUUUGUCUCUUGGUUGGAAGGUAGCCUAUGGUCCGCAACUUUUCAUUGAAACCUACACAAGGUCCAUGGUGGAGUAUAUGAAUAAUUUGAUGAGAGAAGUCCCACAAAAGGUGACAUUCCCAGUCCAUGCCUUGUUGGUCCGCAGUGGCUGGCAGCACAUCAGCUGGCUCCUCAGACAGUCACCACGGUUCAGUCUGACCUUGUGGCAGGGUUCAAUCCAUCCAAACAUCAGCGACCUGCUGUUCAUCCGCGACAACACCCACCCUGCCAAAGUCUACUAUGAUAUAUAUGAACCAACACUGUCUGCAUUUAAACAAGCUGCAAGGCAGCAAGGCAGUCUGAGGAGAUUCUACCCUGGGGGAAACUUGAUGGAUUUCCUCUGUCAAACUCACAACUCAAACACCAAAUUGUCCACACAAUGCAGCAGCUUGGCUGUCCACUGGUUCACUGUCACUGACCAGAGCUCCCUGAUGGCUCAGCUCUCAGAUGGGGCUGGGGGAAUGUUGGUUGUACAGGUGAGUUCUGACAGCAGCCAACUGGGAGUGCCACUGGUGGAAAGUUCUGGAGAGAGCUCAGAGCCCCUCACACUGCAGAAUGUCCUGCAGCUGCUUGGGCACAGGACAGAUGCACCCUGGGGUGUUCACCUAAAAAUCCCCACACAGCAGCUUCUGGAGGCUUCUCUCACACUACUGCAUUCAGCUUACAGCAGAGACAUGCUCUACAGGCCUGUUUGGAUCAGCAUGGAGGGUUUACUGGGCAGCGAUGGCACAAAGGAGUAUGUGUCCACAGUGGAGAGGAUGUUCCCAUACAUCUCCCUCGUCCUUAAACAGCAGAACUGGCCUCCUCAGAUCCCAUCAACACUGGCAAACUUGUCUCAGAGGGUGGUGCUGUAUCUGAACACAGAAUCAGUGCCAAACGGAAAGGAGGAGCUUCACUCUGUCAUGGGAAUGAUGAACAGAUGUGACCUCAUAGUGGAGAAGGACACAAAUAGCAAUGCUGAAGCUUUUGUGAUCUUGAAAGAACUUUUAGCCCAGCAUACAGGGAAAGCAAACACAAACCUGUAUGUGAUCUCUGACCAGUCUUAA